GACUUCAAUGCACGCGGACCAAUCGCUGGGUCCGUUGUGCGGCGCACGCUGAGCGCGAAGGAGGAAAGCGGCCGUUGGCCGUUGGAGGCGGGCGCGAAGGCGACGCGUGAUUUGAACAAAGUGGCGGCAGAGCUGAGCGAGUCGGGCGGCCGCUCGCGGGGCGUGAGUUGAGUCGCAGCCCCGCUCCGAGAACAAGGCGACCUGGACACGGACCCUUGUUCGCUGCCGAGAGACAGGCUCGGGUUUGCAGCUGCCGCGUCCCUUGGUAUGGGGGGGGAGGGAGGGGACUCGUCUGACGGAGGAGGGGGGGAAGUGUCUGCUGGUGUUCUCUCUAUCGUUAUAUAAAUAUGGAGAGAGAGAGAGAGAGAGAGAGAGAGAGAGAGUGUGUGUACAUGCGUAUGUGUGUGUAGACACACACACAUAAUGGUGUGUAUAGAUAGUGAGUGGAUAUUAUGUGUUUGUGUAUGUGUGUACGUAUAUGUAGUGUAUGUAUAUAUGUAGUGUGUGUGUGUGUAUAUAUAGUGUGUGGAUCUAUACAAUAUAGUAUAUCUGUGUAUGUAUAUUAUGUAGUGUAUGUGUAUAUAUAGUGUGUGGCUAUGUAUAGUAUAUAUGUGUUUGUGAGUGGUGUAUAUAUAUGGGGUGGGUGGGUGUGCGUACACACACACUUAUGCGCACACACACACACAGAAUUCAGUUCUUGCCAGGCAAAGUAGAAACAUUUUUUUUAAAAAAAGAGAAUGCUCCUGAUUUUUUUCCUGUUAAAUAGUCUACCUCCAUACUUAGGGGGUUGGGGAGCCCCUUACGAUCCCUGCUUAGAAUCAUAGAGUUGUAGAUUUGGAAGGGACUCCAAUGAUUAAAAACUUAUUAGAGAGACAUCGUCAUUAAUGAUGGUGAGGGUCUCAUUUUCAGGAAGAUUCUUGAAAGAAAGAAAAAAAGCAAGUGGCCGGUCAGAAAGCUUUUUAUUUACUCCGCCAACUGGAUUUCAAAGAAUCAUAGAAUUGUAGGGUUGAAAGGGACCUCAAAUGUAAUCUAGUCCAACCCCGUGUAGUGCUGGAAUAUUUUAGCCCAACGUGGAGCCUGAACCCACAGCCCUGAGAUUCAGAAUCUCAUGCUCUACCGACUGAGCUAUCCUUGUUCAAAAUUGUAACAGCCACUUAGUUGCUGAGGGUGAACAGUUUCAGCUCUUCUUACAUAUGGUUUGAUUUUGCUACUGGAUUUCUUCCCCUGGAAAGCUUCUUUGACCCCACGCCCCUUUUUUAAAAUGGCAAAGCUGGCAACACCUGGAUGGAGUUGUGCAGCUUGUCUUGUGUGAGGGGAGGGAUUUACACUUCCCUUGAAGGUGAGCUGUAGUUGAAGGGAGCAUCUGCUCCCAAACAUUGCCAAUGGCAGUGCAAGGAGCAUCAGUGGCCAAGCUAGUUUGCCUGUUAGGAUCAUAUUCCUGGGGAAACUUGACCUAGUAAAUGAUGCUCUGACUCCUUCCAAGCUGAAUUAUUAGCACUGUAAGUAAGGUAACUUUUAAAGAUGGUUUGGAAACUUUUGGCAAAGGAGGCUGCAUAUUGCAGCAAUUCUGUACUGGUAACAUAUUUUGGGUUUGGGAUUUGUCUAUGCAAAGGGUUGCCUGUUCAUACCAAACCUUAUAACAGAAAAUCAGGCCCUGCAGUCUCACCCAUCACUAAGAGGCAAUUAACAAGAGCAAGGCUUUCUUGGCAAUUGAUGAAACGCACUCGCACUAAAAAUUUAUUUGGCUCCAUCAUUAUUUAGUAUUUAAAGUAUUAAGUCGUAUUCAUUUUGAAGGGUUAUGUGUGUGUUAGGAUUACCGUAAUUUUCGCUCCAAAACAUGCACUUUUUUGCUCCUAGAAAGUAAGGGAAAAUGCCUGUGCGUGUUACGGAGCGAAUGCACUCGACCGGAGCCAUGGCUGCCGUCAGUCAAGUAAAGCGGGAGCCGCUUGCAGGGCUUUGCACGGCUCUAGCUUUGCUUGCUUUACAGCCAGGAGGAGGGGGAGGAGCUGAGGAGGAAGGAGGGAAGGAGAGCCAUGGCAGCAAAGCGGGCAGCAGCUGCUUACACGGGAGGAGGGACAGACGGGAGCCAUAGCGAGCCGGAAAAAGCACCGCGUAGCCAGCAACAGCUGCUGCAGCCUCAGCUAGCAAAGGUCCAUGCGCUCUCUAAAUGGAGCAAUGAGGCUGCAGAGGGACGGCAGGGCACAGGAGGGCUCUGAGCCACGAGCGCAGUGAAAACCAGUAAAAAAGUUUUUUAAAAGGCUGCUGGGGACAGGAGGGCAUGGGAUGAGGGAGAGGGGGAAAUUACGAUUCCCCCAGUGUCUCAGCUGAUCCGCUGAGCAGGACUUGGGUUGCAGGGGAUUCGCCAUUAGCUGCGUAAAGCAGCAAAGAGGGAGAGAAGGAGAAAAGCGGGAGAAUAAAGGAGCUGCUUACACUGCUGUAAGUGGUUGCUGUCCGGUUGGCUCCUUUAAAGCAACAGUGCUCUUUCCCUCCCCCCUCCCUGCUCAGCUUGCCGAAAAGCUCCUUUUCCACACACCCCACACGAGCUCCUUCUCCCCUUAAACCCCUCUCCUGCAUCAUUAGCAGCAUCCUUCUCUACACACCCCAUGCGUGUUCCUUCUCCCCUUAAAUCCCUCUCCUGCAUCAUUAGCAGCAUCCUUCUCCACCCACCCCACACGUGUUCCUUCUCCCCUUAAACCCCUCACCUGCAUCAUUAGCAGCAUCCUUCUCUACACACCCCAUGCGUGUUCCUUCUCCCCUUAAACCCCUCUCCUGCAUUAUUAGCAGCAUCCUUCUCUACACACCCCAUGCGUGUUCCUUCUCCCCUUAGACCCCUCGCCUGCAUUAUUAGCAGCAUCCUUCUCCACACACCCCAUGCGUGUUCCUUCUCCCCUUAGACCCCCUCGCCUGCAUUAUUAGCCACAUCCUUCUCCACACACCCACGCGUGUUCCUUUUCCCCUUAGACCCCUCGCCUGCAUUAUUAGCCGCAUCCUUCUCCACGCAUCCCAUGCGUGUUCCUUCUCCCCUUAAACCCCUCUUCUGCAUUAUUAGCAGCAUCCUUCUCCACACACCCCACACGUGUUCCUUCUCCCCUUAAACCCCUCUUCUGCAUUAUUAGCAGCAUCCUUCUCCACACACCCCACGCGUGCUCCUUGUCCCUUGAAUGCUUUUCCUUCCUUCCCCACUUAAAACAUGGUUACAAAGCACGGAUCCACAUGGAUCCUCAGGAUUUUUGCACUGGGUCACCCCAAGUUCACCAUCAGAUCACAUAGCAUAUCCAUGGCUACAGCCUGCACCAAAAAACACACACGCACCCACUGUUUCAUGGGGCUGCAAUGGCGCAAAAACGUGGUUACAAAGCAUGGAUCCACAUGGAUCCUCAGGAUUUUUGCAUUGGGCUACCCCAAACUCACCGUCAGAUCAUGUCUGUGGCCACAGCAUGAACCACAAAAAUCAUACAUCCACUGUUUCGUUUAGAAUAUUUUUUUCUUGUUUUCCUCCUCUAAAAACUAUGUGCGUGUUAUGGUCAGGUGUGUGUUAUAGAGCGAAAAAUACGGUAAUUUUAUAUGUUCUGUCAUGUUGAGAAUUACAUAGGGUCUUGUGAGAGCUUUUAUGGCUAAUGAUAGCAUUCAGUUGUAAACAGCCCAACACUUAUUCUGAUACCUAGAUUUUUGCCCUUUAAAAUCUAAAUGACUUGGAUACGUGGGAUUUUUCAAUAAGCAAUUAUUUUACGUUUGCCCAGGAAAUCAGCAAGCCUGUCUGUCUACCUGGAGAAACUUCUGAGUGAUUAUACUGUAAUCUAUUUUUAGAAUCAUGGCCCAGGAAAAAGGUGAUGAUGAACUGGCAAAACUUGCAGAACACAUGAAGGAAUUAUGGACUAAGUUCAAAACCACUUGUAGCAAUGAGAAGAUUGACCAGACGCUGAGGCUGAGUGAUUUAUGCAUGGAGUCUUUAUGCAAGCUUUCAGGUACAAUUUUAUAUGGGUUAUUGCUAUUAAAUUAUUGGUAAUUGACACUUCCUGCCACGGAGGCAAAGGUGCUCUACACAGAAACCGUUUCCUAUUUGCAAGGGAUGCUAAACUGCAAUUCUGAGCAAGUGGUGUUCCUUUAAAACAUUUGUGGAAUGCAGGACACACCUUAGUAGCAAUCCCCUUCCAUGGCUGAGAAGCUGUUGGGAGGGAGGCUGGUGGGAGAGAAAGAAAAGCCAAAUUGGGUCCCAUGUCAUCCCAUUUCCUGCACUUGUCUCUCAGCAAUGUUGGGUUGGGAAGGCAUAUCUGGGUAUAAAUAAAAUUUUGUGAGGGCCAAGACUUUCAGCAUAGCUUAUCAGCAAAAGUUAUUUAAAUCUGUUUUGUAUACAUUGUUUAUAAACCAGCACAAAUGUUUCAGGAGUGGGCUGGCAGAUAACUGUUUGUUUUGUUUUUAAUUACAGAUAAAUGGUCGAACAGAUUAAUAGAUGGGGACAAGAUGAUCACUAAAUUUCAUGAGUACACAGAUGGUAGAGUAUGAGUUCAUUAAAUAUUUUUGCAUGAGUACAUACCUUCUUGUCUCCCCUUUUCUGCAACCCCCACCCUGUACACUAACUAACUUGAUGCCACCCUUUUCACCUUCUGCCCAAUAAUGAAGCAAAUAGCCUCUCCUAUUCUGAAGUCACUGUCAUACUCCUGCUUUCACUUCGCAAUCAUGGCCAUGCUGCCCACUCCCUCCUUUUUUGCGAACUCCCUUUGCACUCCCCCAUUUUCAUCUUCACCUCCCUUUCCCUUCCUCCUUUUUCUCAACUCUUGCUUGCACUGAGACUGCCCCCAUUUCUAUGCCUCUUCCUCCCUCCAAUUCUGUAGCCCUCUUACUUUUGCAGACAUAUCUUACUGUAUCUUUCAGGUGUAUAGAAAUCUUAGAGUGAGCCUGUCACUUAGCUUGUUUAGUUAGAGACGGUUAAUUAAUGGAUGUUGAAAAUAUCCGAGUGCUUGCUUGUUAAUAAAAUACCUGUUCUAAAUGGCUACAUGGAAUCUGGAACUUAAUGUAGAAGACAACACAUAGUACUAGGAGUCAAACAACAUUAGAAGCAGCUAAGGAAUGGAAGAUGGAGAGGUUUGAGUAGAGCAGGGAUAAAGCAACACUAAGGGGGGACAGGGAGUGGCAGUUUUGAACCAUGGCUGAGGUUUGAGUAGAGCGAGUGAAGGUGGGGGAUAUGGGAAAAAUUUGGUGGUUGAAAACAAGGUUUGAAUAUAGUGAGAAGGGAGUUGAGAAAUGCUUUGUUGUGUUAGCUUAUAGAUAUUGGCUUCCAGAGCUGGCCCAGCCAUUAAGCAGGGUGAGCCCACGGCCUCAGGUGGCACUCUUGCAGGUACCCUACCUUGCCCCUCUGCCAACAGCAGAGAAGCACUGCCAGCAGCACCUCAGUGAGAUAUUGUCUGAAAAAAGCACUGUCGCUUCUCUGCCAUGGCAAAUACAGCAGGGCAUGCAGUGUGACAGCAGGGCAGGGUGCCACUUCCCGUUUUGCCUUAAGCGGCAAAAUAGGAUGUGCUGCCUCUGUUUCUAAAAUCUAAAAUGUCAAACUGUUGUUCUGUUACUAAAGAUUAAUCAGCAGACUUUGCAUUUAUGGGAUAAGAGGACAGGUCCUUGUCUGGAUUAGAAACUUGUUAAUGAACAUGAAGCUGAUUAUAGGAGUAAGUGGACAGUUCUCACAAUGGUAGGAUAUAAGAGGUGGGGCAUGCCAAUUAUUAAUAUUGGUAGCAAUGCUUUUCAACUUGUUUGUAAAUUAUCAGGAAUAUGGGGUGAGCAGUGAGCAAAGUUUUCCAAGUUCUCCCUGUUGCAUGUAGAAGCCUGUCAGAAGAACAAAUCCAUUGAGGAAAAACAAGAGAAAUUAUCCGAAGUACUUGCUGACCUUAAGGAUGGCAGAAAGGAAGAGGCAGACUUGAUGGCUACUAUUCAAGAGCUCAGAGAAGAAUUGAUCAUAAAAAGUAAAAGUAAGUCACAAUCAAAAUGGUGAUAAAGAAUUCUAGUUCUGGAGAGAUUGGAAAAUGCCAUACUAUUUGAGAAAUGUGUGACAAAGGGCCACAUCACAUUAGUUUAACUCCAUGACCAUGAUUUCCCCAUAGUGAAAUGUGUACUAAAAAGUAUGAUGUAUUUGCCUGUGAUUUAUAAAAAUCUGGCAGCUUAUGCAAGUGUCACUUCUGAAUAAAUGCAUUAAAAUAUGACACUUUUAGGAGCUUUAUAAGUGUGUUACAUUUAGGGCAAUAGAAAGGACUAUGACUGCAAUCCUUGGCAUACUUUUGAGUAGAUAUACAUAGGAUUAUAUAGUAAGGCUUGCUUUCUAACUUGGGAAGCAAAAUGACCCAUCAAAAUACCUUAAUAUAUAUAAAAAAAAAACAUUGGUGGGAAAGAUGUAUUCAUAUUAAAGUAUUCAGUUGAGUAGGAACACACCACAUCAAGAAAAUGAAAUUUUGAUGGGGCAGGUGGCUCAUUAAAUAGUAUGGUGUUUUUUUAAAAAAAGCAUGUAUUAACUCCUCAUUUGUAGAAUUCAGGCGAGGCAGCAAACAAGAGAGGCCAAGAUUUGAUAGGUUUAUCAAAUGGUUUUUUAAAAAAUACAACUUUAGGUUAAUGGCAUGGAUGAAAAAAAAACACUGUGUCUUAUUUUGUUUAAAUCUCAGUUAAAAGCAAGCCCCCAGAAGAAUUCAUGGAAAGACUUCAUAAGUCUGAAAAACUAUUUAAAGAGCGGCUUGGGUUAGAAAUACGCAAAACUGGUGGUAAGACUGAUGUGUUCAUUUCUAUAAUUUCAGGGUGUGACUAGUAUUGUUUUGCUGUAGCAGAAUUAAUCCAUUAACUGCCCAAUAAAAAGUGCAACAAGUGUGAACUUGAAUAGAAACAGUUUCCCAUGCAAGUGUGCCCUGACACCUGUACAAAAGGCUGCUGUAAAGGAGAAAGGCAUUGCAUCCAGCAUAUGCUCGUGUCCUGAAAGUGCAUUGUCUAAUGGAUAAUUGGUGCUGAUAGUUCCGGUCCUUUCUGGGUCCUAUAUAGAUGAGUGAGAAGCAGCCGCCACAACUGUUCAGUGCUGUCAGUAAUCUCAUUUUACAGGGGCAGCAGGGAAAAGAGGAUUUUGCAAUCAUGGCAACAAACAGGUUGCUUUUUUGUUCACAAACCAACUUUUCGAGAUGGAACACCCUAGCAUUACAUCAUGUAUGAUUACGCUAUCAGUUUUCUAAGUACCUAAACCAAAAUGAUGCAUGCUUCUUUGGGGGGGGGCGGGUUCAUGUUGCCUAUCCAAUCAAUUAUCACAAUCUUGGAUUGUUUUACUUGCGUACUUCCAUAAGGAAGAGACCAAAAAUUGGGGUUAUUGUACACACUCUCUCUUCCCUUCCAAAUGCACUUUUGAUUGAGCAAUAUACUGUGCUAGGUAUAUGGAAAACGGGUAGGAUGGUGGCAUUAUAUAGAUGAUAAUGAAGUAAGUCAUCAGUUAGGGUGAUAUCAGUCAUCCGAAUAAGAAUCCUAUUCACUGAAGGGGCACAUGAUCUAAUGAGGCCUCUGCUCAUGGAAAGGGCUGGAAAUGAUUUUUACUAGUUUCCCCUGCAGCCUCCACAACCAACUCUCAUGUGGUUUGAGGCUCCCUCUCACUUGGAGUGGGGGGGAUUGAUGAAACUUGCCUUUCCUCAUUCUGUGAACAGGAGCAUCCCAUGAGCAGAACUCCAUCCAUGGAUCUCUGAAUCCAGCCACUCUAAUCUUCAGAGCGUAAUUUGAACAAAAUAGGAUGGCUGGUGCUAUCUAGACUGAGCAGAUACAUUUCUAUGUAAUGUGAAUCCUUUAACUUGGUAAAAAUACAGCAGCAGUUUAAGACUUAGUAAAAUGUUGCAGGGACAUGAAACGCACGCAAAUGAAUGUUACCUGACACACUUAACGAAAUAUUGUUUUUGCCUUUAGCAAGUCAUUUGCAGUUUAUAUUCCGUUGUGUUGACCACAAAGAUCUUGAGAAACCAUACAUGCUUACCCUUACCAUAAAUGAAGAGGGAGCUUAUGAAGGUAUGUAUAAAGUUUAUGGAUACUGUUGCAUUUCAUAGUGGAACUGUUUUCUAUAAAUCUAAUCUCAGAUCAUCAUUCUCUCUCCACACACUGUAAAAAGGCAUUAGCGUUUAGAUUCCGCUUUAAAAAAAAUCACCUAAUCUUUAGAUUCUGCUUUAAAAAAUCACCUAAUCUUUGCAGCAAGAAUUGUUACCUCCAGUAUAUUAAGAUUCACUAACUUCAUGGUUUGGAUAAAGUAGCAACUUAUGCAACAACUUAUGUUUUUCCCUAUUUUCUCCUAGUGAUUUCUUGUUUUCCUCCUCUGGACUGUAUAGAAGAACUGCAGCAAAAAGUGAGGGAAACCAGCAAUUUUUCUGCAUUUAUUGCUAACGUCAGGAAAGCCUUCAUCGCUUUGACUUAUAAAUGAUAUGUUGUUAUAUAUGUAAAUCUGUCUGGAUAUCUUUUCUGCUUAAAUAAAAGAAAGUAGGCAUUCAUCGUAACUAUUUGACCUUCAGAUAGAGUUUGAGUUGCACCUGGGCUAUGCUACCUCUGCUUUUCAUGAAGACAGAUCAGAUCCUGGGCUCCUCAGAUUUAAACAGGGUUGCAUUUGCAGAUCAGAAACUUUUGCUUUAUUUAGUAGCACCAGUUUCUAGGUUACCACCCGCCCCCCUGCCCAGGCAGGGCAGAUGUCAUUUCCCCCUAAAGCCUUCUGUUUCAUUCAGAGCUGCCCAUGGAAUGUGGGCACAUCAAACUCAGUCUCUGAACAAGGUAUAGUAAAUGUCUGCUUUCACUGUAUAACUCUUAAAAAAAACAAAAAAAGUUUCCCGCCCAGUACAAGCUAACACCAGUCCCAUUAAAUGACAAAUAUUAAUAUCGUGGUUCCUUAACAAUGCAAUCCUAUACAUGUCUACUCAGAAGUAAGCUUCAAUGAGUGCAAUGUGAUUUACUUGCAGUGAAAUGUGUACAGCAUUGCUACUUUAGUGUUGGUAUCACUGCUUUAAAAAGAAGUUAAGAAGGAAUUUGGUAUUACAAUUGUUUUUAAUUAUUUACGAUAAUGACAAUAAUUUAACGAAUGAAAGUUGAGUUUUAUAUAAUGCCUUUCAAUAUUUUAUUUAGAACAUGAAAAAGUUCUAAACAAAGGAAGAGCAGGCACUUAGAGAAGCUUGAAUUGAUGUCUUGUCAAAGUGAAUAAAUCCAUAUUGUUAGUUGCACUUG